UUUUAAACUUAAAGGCGGGGCGGCCCGUGCGCUCUGAGGCCGGGAAGAAGGUAGAGCGUCUGCGCCAGUUCUCUGCGGUCUAGCCUGGCAGGAUGGCAGAGGAAGGGGCUGUCGCGGUCUGCGUGCGGGUCCGGCCGCUCAACAACAGAGAAGAAGCUCUUGGAGGAGAUACCCAAGUUUACUGGAAAACUGACAAUAAUGCUAUUUAUCAAGUUGAUGGCAGUAAAUCCUUCAAUUUUGAUCGUGUCUUUCACAGUAAUGAAACUACUAAAAAUGUGUAUGAAGAAAUAGCAGUACCAAUCAUAGAUUCUGCCAUACAAGGCUACAAUGGUACCAUAUUUGCCUAUGGUCAGACUGCUUCAGGAAAAACAUACACCAUGAUGGGUUCAGAGGAUUAUUUGGGAGUAAUACCCAGGGCAAUUCAUGACAUUUUCCAGAAAAUUAAAAAGUUUCCUGACAGGGAAUUUCUCUUACGUGUGUCUUACAUGGAGAUAUAUAAUGAAACCAUUACAGACUUACUCUGUGACACUCAAAAAAUGAAGCCUUUAAUAAUUCGGGAAGACUUCAAUAGGAAUGUGUAUGUGGCUGAUCUCACAGAAGAAGUUGUUUAUACAUCAGAAAUGGCUUUGAAGUGGAUCACAAAAGGAGAAAAGAAUAGACAUUAUGGAAUUACAAAAAUGAAUCAAAGAAGCAGUCGCUCUCAUACUAUUUUUAGGAUGAUUUUGGAAAGUAGAGAGAAAGGGGAACCUUCCAAUUUUGAAGGAUCUGUCAAAGUGUCCCAUUUGAAUUUGGUUGACCUUGCAGGCAGUGAAAGAGCUGCUCAAACAGGCGCUGAAGGUGUGCGACUCAAGGAAGGCUGUAAUAUAAAUAGAAGUUUAUUUAUUUUGGGACAAGUGAUCAAGAAACUUAGUGAUGGACAAGUUGGUGGUUUCAUAAAUUAUCGAGAUAGUAAAUUAACACGAAUUCUCCAGAAUUCCUUGGGAGGAAAUGCAAAGACACGUAUUAUCUGCACAAUUACUCCAGUGUCUUUUGAUGAAACCCUUACUACUCUACAGUUUGCCAGCACUGCCAAAUAUAUGAAGAAUACUCCUUAUGUUAAUGAGGUAUCAAGUGAUGAAGCUCUCCUGAAAAGAUAUAGAAAAGAAAUAAUGGAUCUUAAGAAACAGUUAGAGGAGGUUUCUUUGGAGACUCGGGCCCAGGCAAUGGAAAAAGACCAGUUGGCCCAACUUUUGGAAGAAAAAGAUUUGCUUCAAAAAGUACAGAUUGAGAAAAUUCAGAACUUAACACGGAUGCUGGUGACCUCUUCUUCCCUCACAUCACAACAGGAAUUAAAGGCUAAAAGAAAACGAAGAGUCACUUGGUGCCUUGGCAAAAUUAACAAAAUGAAGGACUCAAAUUAUAUAAAUGAAUUUAAUAUGUCAACAAAUGUAACAAAAACACGUAAGGCGGCUGCAACCGUAGUGGGGGAAAUUGAUGAAUCUUUCUGCUCAGAGUCUGAUAUUUUCAGUAAUACUUUUGAUACAUUAAAUGAGACAGAGUGGAAUCCAGCAACAAAGCUACUAAGUCAGGAAAACUUAGAAAGUGAACUGAAUUCACUUCGUGCCAACUAUGAUAAUCUGGUAUUGGACUAUGAACAACUAAGACGAGAAAAUGAAGAAAUGGAAUUGAAAUUAAAAGAAAAAAAUGAUUUGGAUGAAUUUGAGGCUCUAGAAAGAAAAGCAGAAAAAGAUCAGGAGAUGCAACUAAUUCAUGAAAUUUCCAACUUAAAGAAUUUAGUUAAGCAUGCAGAAGUGUAUAAUCAAGAUCUUGAGAAUGAACUAAGCUCAAAAGUAGAGCUGCUUAGAGAAAGGGAAGACCAGAUUAAGAAGCUACAGAAAUACAUAGACUCUCAGAAGUCAGAAGAUAUGAAAAUGGACUUGUCAUACUCAUCGGAAAGCACUGAAGACAUAAAACAAAUGAAACAGACUCUGCUUGAUACUGAAACUGUAGCCCUUGAUGCCAAGAAAGAAUCAGCCUUUCUUAGAAGUGAAAAUCUGGAGCUGAAAGAGAAAAUGAAAGAACUUACAAAUACAUACAAGCAAAUGGAAAAUGAUAUUCAGUUAUAUCAAUGCCAACUGGAGGCAAAAAAGAAAAUGCAAGUGGAUCUGGAGAAAGAAUUACAAUCUUCUUUUAAUGAAAUAACAAAACUCACCUCCCUUAUAGAUGGCAAAGUUCCAAAAGAUUUGCUCUGUAAUUUGGAACUGGAAAGUAAGGUUACUGACCUCCAGAAAGAACUGAAUAAAGAAAUUGAAGAAAAUGAAGCUUUGCGUAAAGAAGUUAAUUUGCUCUCAGCAUUGAAAUCUUUACCCUCAGAAGUAGAAGUGCUGAGGAAAGAGAUGCAUGAUAAAUCUGAAGAGCUCUGUGUAAUAACAUCAGAAAGAGACAAUUUGUUUUCUGAAGUAGUUCAAAAGGAAAGUAGAAUUCAAGAUUUACUUGAAGAAAUUGGGAAAACUAAAAAUGACCUAGCAAUUACCCAGUUGAAUUACAAAAGCACUGAUCAAGAAUUCCAGGAUUUUAAAAAUCAUCAUAUUGAAUUUGAGCAAAAGUAUAAGAUGGUCCUUGAGGAGAAUGCAAGAAUGAAUCAGGAAAUAGGGAAUCUCUCUAAACAAGCUCAAAAACUUGGUUUAAGUUUGGAUGCUGUGAACACAGAGCUUUCUCCCAAAUCUGAAGAAGUUCAGAAAACAACUGAGAGUCAAAAAAGGUUAAAUGAAGUGGAAGAGCUGAAGGAACAAUUAGAAAGUAGAGAUUCGAGGCUGCUAACUAUGGAAAAGGAAAAAACACUGAUCGCUGAGCAACUUCAACAAACUUUAGUAGAAGUAAGAACCUUAACCCAAGAAAAGGAGAACCUAAAACAACUCCAGGAGAGCCUGCAAAUUGAGAGGGACCAACUCAAAAGUGACAUUCAGGAUACUGUAAAUAUGAAUAUAGACACCCAAGAACAAUUAAGACAUGCUCUUGAGUCUUUGAAACAACACCAAGAAACAAUUAACACACUAAAAAUGAAAAUUUCUGAGGAAACUUCCAGGAAUUUGCAUACAGAGGAAAACCUAGGAGAAACUAAGGAUGAAUUCCAGGAAAAGAUGGUUGACACAGAUAAAAAACAGAAUUUGAAAGCCAAAAAUACUCAAACACUGAUUGCGAAUGUUGAAGAUAAUGAGCUAACUGAGCAACAGAGAAAGAUAUUUUCUUUAAUACAGGAGAAAAAUGAACUGCAACAAAUGUUAGAGAGUAUCACAGCAGAAAAGGAACAAUUACAGACUGACCUAAGGGAAAAUAUUGAAAUGACUAUUGAAAACCAAGAAGAAUUACGAAUUCUUGGAGAUGAACUCAAAAAGCAACAAGGGAUCAUCGUACAAGAAAAGAACCACACCAUAAAGAAAGAGGAAGAGCUUUCUAGGAUCUAUGAGAAAUUAGCAGAAGUUGAAGAAAAGCUAAAGGAAAAGAACCAACAACUACAGGAAAAACAGCUACAACUUCUUAGUGUACAAGAAGAAAUGAAUGAGAUGCAGGAAAAGAUGAAUGAAAUAGAGAAUUUGAAGAAUGAAUUAAGGAACCAAGAAUUAACAUUAGAACGUAUAGAAAUGGAGAGGCUAGAGUUGGCUCAGAAGCUCCAUGAAAGUUAUGAGGAAAUGAAAUCCAUAACCAAAGAAAGAAAUGAUCUAAAGGAAUUACAGGAAUCAUUUGAAAUAGAGAGAGAGAAGCUUAAAGGAUACAUAAAAGAAAUCGAAGUUAGAGGUCUAGAAACAAAAGAAGAACUAAAAAUUACUCGCGUUCAUCUUAAAGAACAAGAAGAAACUAUUGAUGAACUAAGAAAAAACAUUUCUGAGAAGACAGCUCAAAUAAUAAAUAUUCAGAAGGACUUAGAAAAAUCCAAUAUUGAAUUACAAGAAAAGAUCCCAGUGCUUCAUGAGGAACAGGAGCUAGUGCCUAAUGUGAAAGAAGUCAGUGAUACUCAGGGAACAAUGGAUGAAGUGGAGCUAUUGGAAAAGCAAUCCAAAACCAAGGAUUCAGUGACACUGGCACGCAUAGAAAUAGAAAGGCUCGAGUUGACUGAAAAACUUCCAGAAAGUCAUAAAGAAACAAAAUCUCUAACUGAGGAAAGAAACAAGCUUCAGACAAUACAGGAAGCAGUUCAGGUUGGACAAGACCAGCUGCAAGAAGACAUUAGAGAAACGUCGGCUGAAGAUUCUCUUAAGAUCCAGGAGCCUCAAGAUCAACAAGAUCAGACCUUCAAUGUGAAAGAAAAGGACGAUGAGGCUGAGGAAAUCCUGAGCAAGCUGGAGCAACUGCAGGAGCCGCUCGAAGCCGGAGAGGCAGCACUGCCACGAGUGGGCAUGGAAAGGCUCAAGAUGUCCGAGAGGCUGCGAGAAGUUCCUCAGUCUGAAACUCACCAACUCAAAGAGAACUUGAGAGAAAUGACAGCUAAGCACCUGGAAACCGAAGAGGAACUGAAAGUUGCUCGUGGUCACCUGAAAGAACAGGAGGAAACUAUUGAUAAGCUGAGAGUGAAUCUUUCAGAGAGGGAAACUGAACUCUCCAGCCUUCGAAAGGAAUUAGAAACAACCAAUGAUGAAUUACAGAAAAAGAUCCAAGAGCGUCAUGAGAAACACGAACAAUUUAUUAGCACCAAAGAAAUCAUUGAGACUCAGGAAAAAAUGAGUGAACUGGAGCAAUUAAAGGAGCAACUCAAAGUCAAAGAUUCAUCAUUACAAAAUAUAGAAAGUGAGAGGCUCAAGUUGACCGAGAAACUUCAGGAAAGUCAAGACAAAAUAAAAAUGAUAAUGAAGGAAAGAGAUGAGCUGAAAAGGGUGCAGGAAGUUCUUCAGAUGGAGAGAGACCAACUCAAAGAAAACAUUAAAGAAACUGUAGCUGAAGAGCACCAACAAACCAUUAGUACAAGGAAUAUUUCAAAGAAGACAGACCAAGAAGCAAAUAUUGAGAGAGAUGUAGAAAACUCAGAUGCUGAAUCACAAGAAAAGAUUCAAGAACUUCAGGAAGAAGAAUAUCAGCUUCUUAAGAUGAAAGCUGUCAGUGAGACUCAGGAAAAAAUAUGUGACAUGGAAUACUUCAGGAACGAGUUUGAGGCCCAAAAGUCAACUUUGAAAAAUAAAGAAAUGGAGAAUGAGCUGGAAAAACAAGAGCAACUAAGAAUUGCUUACAUGCAUGUGAAAGAACACCAGGAAACUAUUGAUAAACUCAAGGGCCUUGUUUCUGAGAAGACAGAUGAAAUAUCAAAUAUGCAAAUGGAUUUAGAAAACUCAAAUGCUACCUUAAAAGCACAGAUCCAAGAACAUCAGGAGAAAGAACAUCAACUUCUGAAGGUAAAAAAUGAUCUCAGAGAAAGUAUGUAUCAAACAGAGCAAUUGAAGAAGCAAUUAGAGGCCCAGAAUUCAACCCUGGAAAGUGUAGAAACUGAGAAGUUAAAGUUGAGUCAGAAACUUCAUGAAAACCUUGAAGAAAUAAAAUGUGUUACUGAGGAAAGAGAUGGCCUCAGAAGCGCAGAGGGAACCCUUAGGAUGGAGAGAGACCAGCUCAGGAAAAGCCUCAGAGAAAAAGAAGCUAAAGAGCUGGAAAAACAAGAGGAACUAAGAAUUGCUUACAUGCAUGUGAAAGAGCACCAGGAAACUAUUGAUAAACUCAGAGGCCUUGUUUCUGAGAAGACAGAUGAAAUAUCAAAUAUGCAGAUGGAUUUAGAAAAUUCAAAUGCUAAAUUACAAGAAAAGAUUCAACAACUUAAGGCAAAUGAACAUCAGCUUUUUAAGUUAAAAGAAGAUGUCAGUGAGUCACAGAAAAAAAUGUCUGAAAUAGAGCGAUUGAAGAAACAAUUCAAGGCCCAAAGUUUAACUAUGGAUAAAAUAGAAAUGGAGAAUUUAAAUUUGGCUCAGAAGCUUCAUGAAAACCUUGAAGAAAUGAAAUCUGUAAUGAAAGAAAGAGAUAAUCUGAAAUUGGAGAGAGACCAGCUCCAGGCAAACCUACAGGAAACCAAAGCUAGAGAUUCGGAGACACAACAGGAACUAAAAAUUGCUCACAUGCAUUUGAAAGAACACCAAGAAACUAUUGAUAAAUUCAGAGAGAGAGUUUCAGAAAAGACAGCUCAGAUUUCAAAUAUUCAAAAGGAUUUAAAUAAAUCUAAAGAUGAAUUACAGAAAAAGGACCAACAGAACCAUAAAGGGGUAGUAAAAUACGAAAAACAGUCACAAUGUAAUGAAAGACACCACCUCACAGAAAGCCUGAGAGAAAAGUGCUCUAGGAUAAAAGAGCUUCUGAAGAGAUACUCAGAGAUGUAUAAUCAUUAUGAGUGCUUAAAUAGACUAUCCCUUGACUUGGAGAAAGAAGUUGAAACCCAAAAAGACCUUUCAGUUAGAGUAAAAGCAAACCUCUCACUUCCAUAUCCACAAAUCAAACAAAUUCAAAAACUUCUCACUGCAAACCAAAGAUGUUCAAUGGAAUUCCACAGAGUCAUGAAGAAACUUCAGUAUGUGUUAAGCCAUGUUACAAAGAUAAAGGAAGAACAACAUGAAUCCAUCAAUAAAUUUGAAGUAGUUUUUAUUGAUGAAGUGGAAAAGCAAAAUGAACUGCUAAUUAAAAUACAGCAGCUUCAACAAGAUUAUGAUGUACCAUCCAGAGAAUUCACGGACCUCAAAUUGAGCAAGAAUAUGGAUCUACAUAUUGAGGAAAUUCUCAAAGAUCUUUCAGAAAAUGACUUCCACUGCAUAAAGACUGAAUUUCAGCAAGUUCUAAGUAAUAGGAAAGAAAUGACCCAGUUUUUGGAAGAAUGGUUGAAUACUCAUUUUGAUAUAGAAAAUCUUAAAAAUGGCAUCCAGAAAGAAAAUGAUAAGAUUUGUCAAGUGAAUAACUUCUAUAAUAACAAAAUAAUUGCUAUAAUGAAUGAAUCUACAGAGUUUGAGGAAAGAAAUGCUACCAUAGCCAGAGAAUGGGAACGUGACCUGAAAUCAGUGAAAGAGAAAAAUGAACAACUAUUUAAAAACUACCAAACUUUGAAGAUCUCCCUGACGUCUGGUAUCCUUGUUGAUUCUGCUACAGAAAACAAUAAGAACCUUCAUGUUACAUCAAGAGCCACAAAACUAACGACAGAGAAAAUUCAGGAGCUGGAAACUUCACUACGUGAAGCCCAAGAAAGCGCUAAGCACAAGGAAAGCAAGAUUAUAAAGAUGCAGAAAGAACUUGAGAUGACUAAUGACAUAAUAGCAAAACUUCAAGCACAAGUUAAUGAAUCAAAUAAAUGCCUUGAAAAAACAAAAGAAAUGAUCCAAGUACUUCAGGACAAAGUUGCUUUAGGAGCUAAGCCCUAUAAAGAAGAAAUUGAAGAUCUCAAAACGAAGCUGGUGAAAAUAGACCUAGAGAAGAUGAAAAAUGCCAAAGAGUUUGAAAAAGAAAUUACUUCUACAAAAGCCACUGUAGAAUAUCAAAAAGAAGUUAUAAGGGUACUGAGAGAAAAUCUUAGAAGAAAUCAACAAGCCCAAGAUACCUCAAUUGUAUCAGAGUGUACGGACUCGCAGCCUUCAAAUAAACCCUUAACUUGUGGGGGUGGUAGUGGCAUCGUACAAAGCACAAAAGCUCUUAUUUUGAAAAGUGAAUAUAUACGGCUAGAGAAGGAAAACUCCAAGUUAAAGGAACAAAAUGAACAGCUAACAAGGCAAAAGAGUGAACUCUUAAGCAAUAAUCGUCAUCUUUCCAACGAGGUCAAAACAUGGAAGGAGAGAAUCCUUAAAAGAGAGACUCACAGAGAAGUUAGUUGUGAGAAUUCUCCUCAGUCUCCUAAAGUGACUAGAACAGCUUCCAAAAAGAGGCCGCAUACGCCUUCUCAAUGCAAGGAACGGAAUUUACCAGAUCCUGUGCCAAGGGAAUCACCGAAGUCUUGGUUUUUUGACAGCCGAUCAAAGUCUUUACCAACACCUCCUCCAGUUCGCUAUUUUGAUAACUCCGGUUUAGGCCUUUGCCCCGAAGAACAAACUGCUGGAGCAGAGAGCGUGAAGCCUCAGCCAGCUCCUUGGCACGCCUCCUCAGGAAAAGAUGCGCCCGAGUGCAGGACACAGUAGACUCCGCUCCUGUCACUUUUCCGGGGGCCCAGCAUUCCCUGUUUGGAAAUGGCUGCAUUUAUUACUUCAAGUGCCUAUCCCUGGCAGUGUUGUCACAGUCCAACUUAAUUUCAAUUCAGUUUUCAUUUUGCCACUAGAAUUGGAAGAGGAAGGAAUAGGAGAUUAAUGCGUUCCAGUAAUUUAGAAUGGUGAUAGCAAUGGCUUCUUGAAUGUGGUAAUACUUUACAAGUUGAAUUGUUUUAUUUAUUUAUAUAUUUUGUAAAGAAUAAAAUUAUUGAAGGAAUUUUCUAGUCUUUCCAUGUAUACAUAAAAUGUAUUCAUUUUUAUUAAUGUAAUGUUAUCCACCUAUGGCUUAGAUACUCCCCAGGCAUUAUGCAUACAUUAAAGCAUCAUUUAAUUAACAAAAUUAUAAACUCCUUUUUAAGUACCUUGAACAUUCGAUAAAUGUUUAAUUAGUGGUUCUGAAUCACAAUUCUAUGUGACAGUAAUUAAUGGUUUCUUGGUGGGUGGUACUCAGCGUAUAUUUGGCUCUACUUGUUUGUUGACUUACAGAAUUUUGCUAUGAGAAUGUAUACAUGCUUUCUGGAUUUAAGUUGCUAAGUUUAGCAAACUGCUAUGACCUCUUCAUUUUCUAGGCUAAUCUUUCUUUUGCUAUAAUAAAUACAAAAAUUCUCUCUCGCUUUUCUGUUACCCACCAACCCCCAUACAAGCACUCUAAAUUGGUUGGUUUGUUAUCAGACUUUGUACUCUACUACAUUUUACUACCAGCUGGAAGAACUUCAUGGACCAUUUAUUCUAUCCUUUUAUUUCAGACAUGAGGAAACAGCACCAGAGUUUCUAUCAAAGUAGAAGAAGUCUUCUAAACCCAGAGUCCCCACAGAUACAUAAGACAUCUAUGGAUGGGCUUCAUGCAGUCUGUAAAACCUCUGAAACUUUAUGUUAAUUUGUUAAUUUUGUCAUUUUUCUAGGAUACUUGGAUCCAUACUUUUAUCAUAUUCUUAAAGGGAUCUUUGGGUGAUGUUUCUUUUUUUUUAAGAUUUUAUUUAUUUGUCAGAGAGCGAGAGAGCACAAGCAGGGGUGGGGGGAAGCAGGCAUAGGGAGAAGCUGGCUCCCACUAAAAAAGGAGCCCAAUGCGGGGCUUGAUCCCAGGAGCCUAGGAUCAUGACCUGAGCCAAAGGCAGAUGCUUAACAGACUGAGCCACCCCGGCAUCCCUGGGUGAUGUUUCUUUUGUGUGUGUGUGCACCUUCUGAUUUUUUGCUGAGUUUUAUCCAUUUGAAAAAGCAGCCACCUCUUCUGGUCUACAGACUGCUUCAUACAGAGAAAGAUUUUUACCUGUCAGCCUGGUUAGAGAUCCUGGGGAUCUCUGAAAUCUUUUUUAGGGGGAUGUGACCUCUGGGCUGUGGGUAUAAUUUGCCAAUUAGAGAAGUUUACCAAUUUCUUUUCUAGGAGCUGGAUCUCUUGCUCCCUCUGGUGUCUGUCUUCACUACAGCAUGUUCUUGCAAAUAAGAAGCCACCCUGCUGUCCUUUGUUCUCAUUGGCCCCCAGGCAUCCAAAGUAUAUCAGCUCUCCAUUAGCACCCCAGGUAGGCAAGACAAAUAUCAGUCUUGGACAGCCCUCCAAAAAGUUGGAAUACCAAGAACAUGCUCCACUCUUCUCCCUCUCUCCCAACUAUGCUGAACCACUCCGGCCUCCGUCUGGGGCACUGCAGGCCCUCCAGUGUCAAUUAAUGCCGGUUCCAUCAGCACUCUAAGUCAGGCAAGACAGAACCCAGUCCUUUGGGCUUCCAUAGAAAAAGUCAGAACUUUGGGUUAGUUUUCCACUCUUCUCUUUCCCCCUACUCCCCUGGGGAAACGAGGAGCCAGAGGCUGAGCUGUGCUGACUUGGGCAAGGGGUGCGGUGGGUGGAGCCACGGGUAAAGGGAAAUGACUCUUCUUGCCCACUUCAGUGCAGCUGUUCUCAGCUCUCCCCUUACCUAGGGUCCUGUGACUUCUUAACUGACUUAAGUUCUCAUAAAGGUAUUUUAGUCUGUAUAUUGUUUUAAAUCGGUGUUUCUGUGGGAGGAAAAGGUGGGACUUUCUACUCCCCCAUGUUGUCGACAUCUCCCUCAGAAAUGUUGCUUCACUCUUAAUGAUCUGGGGUUUCAAUAUCAUGAUAAAUGGCUGUGAAGAGACAAUGAUGAAAGUCAACAAUGAAACAUGCAAAAAUGGUAAAAAGCAGUAAUAUGGUCAGACAACACUAAAAUGGUCUGAAAAGUAAAGUCAAAGUAGACAAAUAGAUUAUUGUUCAUAGGAAAUAUUUUCUGGAGAGCCUGGCAAAAUUAUAUCCAGGAAACCUAUUGAGAGCCUACCAUUCAUACUCAGCAAAUAUUUAAUGGCUGUUUACUGUGUGCCAAUCACUGAUCUAGGCACCAAAAGUUACUGCCUUUGUGAAAUUUAUGUUUGGUUGAAAAACAAAUAUAAUAUGUGCUGACUGCAAUAUAAGGGUGAAAAAGAUAUAGUCCCUAGCCUCGAAGAAAUCUACUCCAUGGAAAAUAUAGAUGGGUGAGCAAAUUUUUGCAACCCCACGUUACUUAGGCUGUCAGAGUCGACAUUACUGUUGGAAAUCGGGACAAAGGAAGGCUGAAGAAAGCUGCACCAAGGAAGUAGUGUUAGACUUGGCCUUGAUUAGAGAAUCCUCAUAUCCAUCAAAAAUGUAUUCUAAAAUCCUCAAAAGUUGGGCACCUGGGUGGCUCAGAUGGUUAAGCGUCUGCCUUCGGCUCAGGUCAUGAUCCCAGGGUCCUGGGAUCGAGUCCCGCCCGCAUCGGGCUCCCUGCUCCUUGGGAGUCUGCUUCUCUUUCUCUCUCUCUCUCUCUCUGUCUCUGAAGAAUAAAUAAAUAAAAUCUUUAAAAAAAAAAUCCUCAAAAGUUAAAGACAUUGUUACUAAAGCAAGGAGCACAGCUGGGUGUCAUUAGAGAUCAUUAGACUCCGUUAGAAGCUACCCUGGGCAAUGAGGGACAGUCUUACCAAAGACUUUAUGUGUGUGUGUUUAUAUAUGCAGAAAUUAGAGAUUUUUUUCAUCCAUUUUUGCCAUCUACUGUAAUUGAAUUUUAAUAAUCAUUCACAUUUAUUAAAUGUAAUCAAUGUGCUGGUAGUUGUGAAUGC